AUGAACGGCAAAGACGGCCAUUCACUGCCCUCAAGAGCUGCAGCGACAGCAUCCGACUCCACCACCGCCGCCCUGACAGACGACUCAUCGUACACGGUGGCAACGCGGCAAUCUGCACGGCGGCGCAGCUUCCUCGACCUGGACGACGACAUCUUCAAUUACGUCUGCUCCUACGUGCCGGUCAAGGACCUUCUUCACAGCGUGGCCGUCGCGAGCCACGACACACGACGCCGCGUUGCAGCAAACCACGGUCUCUGGCAGCAGCUCUGGAUGCGCUACCUGCUAUUCUUUUGCAACGCCUUGGUUCCAACCGAAGCGGCAGCCCCCGACUCGGCGUCGUCGCCAGCGUCACCGACUCGUGGAGGAUGGGGACUGGCCCCGCCGGAUGCGAUGGGCAUGCUUCACACCAGCACUACAACGCCACCCAGCCAUGAUAGCGACUGGCACCUCUAUCACUUUCACCACUCGGCGGAGGCGAAGCCGCACGUGGUGCAGCUCGAGAAGCUGCACAUUAUGCGCGAAGACAUCGCUGACCCGGCAGCCGCGGCGUUACCCACCUCGCGCCGUUCUCCCAGCGAGUCAAAAACGGCGGAGGUCCAAGCACAGCUGCUGAGCUUCGCCCAGGCGUGCGCUACACAGACGGUGGCGCGGAAUCUCACGUACAUGACAGCCCCGUCCUCCCCCUCCUCCCCCUCCCCGCCGCCCAGUGCCCGGCAUGAUGGGGUACCACGGGGCAAAACCUUCGCGCACGGCAGCACCUUGCAUGUGCGCAAACAACAACAGCGGCAGGCAGAUCGGCUACAACGGGCGUUGCACUUCCUUCUCUCCACGAGCGGUCACCGACCGCGCUUUCACGACCGGCUCUGGGGGGCCACCAACGACGCUGAAAGGGAGUUCAUCCGAAAGGCGCGCACGGACACGAAGCCGGCCAAGCGGCGAAAUCCCCUGAGUCCGUCGUCGUCGCAUGCACCGGCAGCGCCGCACUCGCCCCCACCGCGGGUCCGUCCGAUGAGCUGGAUCGACGACCAAGAAACCUCUGUCAAGGUGCUUCUCUUCGACGACGACACGCGCUCCGUCGGCGACGCCGCAGCGGUGCAGGCGGAACGCUCCAAGUUGCUGGCGUCCAUCGCAAAGAACUGGCGCACCGCCUACGCCUCACACUUUUACCCAAGCGUGACGAACGGCAGUGAACCGGGAAGUCCUCUCUCGCGCGCCCCUGCGUCUAACUCUCCCGUCUCCGCUACGGCAGCGGCGACAGCGAGUGGUGGGCCGGCGCCGCCUGUGCCCGAUGCCGAGCGCAGCCGCCAGGAGCAGCAGCUGAGCGGAGGACACGUCACAUGGGAGCAGGUGUACCGACGCUUUCGGGACGGCAACAGCGUCACCAUCCGCAGCACCGCGCGGAUGCAGCAGCGGGCGGCAGCGCAGAGAAGAGAUGUGGGCAGCGACGACGACGACGACGACGCGGCCAUCCCCUCGUCGAGCAAUCCUCUCUUCGAUCUCCACCUGCUCGGCUACGAAAAGCGCAAGCAGGUGUACGCUGCAAUGCUGUCCAGCACCGUCGAGGUCCCGGAGGGCAUGGGCGCGUUCUUUGGCACGUGUGUCUCCGAGUCGUUCCUGCGAUGGUGGUGCUGGCGGAACCGACGACGCACGGGAGCAAGUCAGGCACCCGCGGCGCCGCCGGCCAACGCCGUCGGCGAUGAUCGCGGAGGGCUUCCAGUACGACGCCACAUUGCUCUCGCUCCUUUCACCACCGCCUGCGAUGACGCAUCGCCGCCGCGGUCGCUGUGGGUGGUGCGAGUGGCCGCCAGAGACCCACGCGACGACAUCGGGAGAGGCGAGGCGGAGGACGAGUCCGUCACCUACAGCUCCUCGUAUUCGGACAUGAGCACCAUGGCGAGCAACACCAGCAGCUCCACGCCUGCCUCGUCCUCCAUCCGUUUUUCGGAAGAGAGAGAGGAAGAGAACGAGUUCACCACAGCAGAGGCUUCAAGCGAGCUCGAGACAGCCCAUGCCGUGGCCGCGGUUGAAGACCCACACGUGGCGACAGCAGAGACGUUGUCUCCGCCAACGCCAACGCCAACGCCAACGCCGCCCUACCACCCGCCUGUAGCGGUGCUCUUCCCCCUUCCCCACAUGCUUACGUAUUGGUUCAUGGUCCACCACGUCUCCUUCUACAGUCACCAGGUAUACAGGCGCAUGUGGGGUGACCAGGAACUCACCAUCGCCGUGUGGAGCCGUAUCCUCAGCCCCACUGGACACAGCGCCGAGUGUCGCCUCUUCUACUCGCUGCGAUGCGCAACGUUUCCGCGCAUGUUCACGAAAAUGAUGUUCACCCCCGGGGUGCUGCCAUCGCUGACCCUGCAGGGCAAGAUGGCGGAGCGCUCGUCGUACUGCUCCUCCUCCUCCUCGUCGUCGUCUUCGGCAUACGACUCGCAGUCGUUGUCUCCUGAUCCCGACGGUGAUGCCGGUAACACGCCCCGGUCGUCGUCCGCGUCGACGGGUGACAAGGCGGUAGACAGUCGGCAAAUCUACGACCUCUUCUGGACCGGCUUUGGCCGUGUGGAGGUGGACUCUGGACCAACCAUCUCGCGAUCGAACAUGGUGCGUCUGCGCAUCGCGCUCGGACUGCCGGUCGACUUUCCGAUGGGGCUUCUGUGGAACGUGGUGAUGUUCGCCUCAGGCAUCGGCCCUCUCAUUCUUAAAGAACACCGGCACUCUCUGCACUUCAACUACGCCAAGACGUUCACCGACGUCGUGGCGGACGAGUUCGGUGAGCUCGCAUGCUUCGGCCUCGGUGCCCAGUCGCCAAACCGGAGGAACGACUCCACAGUAAUGGCAAACCCUCUCGAUGCAGAGGCGGCGAUGUGGCGGCAACACGCCAUAUCCGCAACGGCGCCCGAAGUGGGGCAAGAGCACGUCGUACGAACCACCGACAACGAUCAAGGGACCCCCGAAGCUGACGAUCAGGCGGUGAAUGAACGGCAUCCUGCGCAUCACGACACCUCUGCCGCCCCGACACCUGUCACGGGCACCACAAACUGGUCGUGGGACCUGGACUCCGAGUUUACCACUAACGAGGGCUACUGGUCACUUCCCGGCAGCGACGUCUCCUCCGGAUACCUGUGA